AUGCGCCCAGCUCUGCGCCAGGCCAGCAAGCUUCUGCAACGAGAUGCGACUGUGCCGCAUGUCUCGAUCCCUCUCUUUCUCUGUCCAGCUCUUCUGAGUACCCCUGCGCGGCCGUCGUUAUGUCGCCAGGGGAGCAGCCCUCAAAAUGCCAAAUUUUCCAACUCUUCUCGACGACGCCGACCAGAAGCCGCUAUUACUACCCCCUCGCCUCCGCCGGCUCAGGAAAACGCUGUGGCAGCACCCGCGAAACGUCCGCUUCCACUGUGCUGCCCUGGAUGCGGAGCCCCGACCCAGACCAUCGAGCAGAAUGAAGCAGGCUUCUUCUCGUUGCAAAGAGGGGCCGUACGGGCAUACAUCAACUAUGACAAGAACAGCCAGGAUGCUGUAGAGGAGGACAUAUUUACGAGAGCAAUCAGAGGAGUGGACCAGAAUGUGCUCGGUGAACUUGGACUGAACAAGGACGUUCUAACAUCUACUCCAGAGAAGACUGCACCCUCUACACCCGUAUGCGAUCGAUGUCACAACCUAAUACAUCACCAUGCGGGGACCUCCAUUUUCCACCCCUCAAUCGACGCCAUCAGCGACACCAUUGCCGAGUCCCCGCACAGGCACAACCACAUCUACCAUGUCAUCGAUGCGGCCGACUUCCCCAUGUCUAUUAUUCCCAAGUUACAAGCAGCCCUACAGAUUCCGCAAUUACGGACCCAGAAUCGACGCUCGAAACACACCAGAUGGCAGAGCGGCGACCGUGUGGCAGAGGUCAGCUUUAUCAUCACACGGUCUGAUUUAUUGGCGCCGUUGAAAGAGCAGGUGGAUAAGUUGAUGCCAUACGUACAGGAGGUGUUAAGAGACGCCUUGGGCCGAUCUGGGAAAAGAUUCCGCCUAGGAAAUGUCCGUCUCGUGAGCGCGAAGCGAGGAUGGUGGACGAAAGAGGUCAAAGCAGACAUAUGGGAUCGGGGAGGUGGCGGCUGGAUGGUCGGCAAGGUCAACGUUGGCAAAAGCAAUCUGUUCGAAGUCGUAUACCCAAAGGGAAGAGGAGGCCUUGACAUGAACGUCCGCAGAAUCCGCUCCGCCGAGGAACGUGCGAGGAUGGAAGAGGCCGCGCAAUCAGUCGACGAACUUAUGGCAAUCCAAGAACAACUAGUACAAGAAGACGAAGAAGCAAAAAUAGAUCCAGCAGAGAAGGCCAGAGAAGAAGCAGAGGCCGCACUCCAAGACGACGAAGCCCUCCUCCCCCCACCCCAAAUCGAAACCGCAUUCCCAGUCAUGCCCAUCAUUUCCUCCCUCCCCGGCACCACCGCCUCGCCCAUCCGCGUCCCCUUCGGCAACGGUCGCGGCGAGCUCAUCGACCUCCCCGGCCUCGCCCGCUCAGACCUUGAGUCCUACGUUCGCCCAGAACACCGCCUCGACCUCGUCAUGAACCAUCGCAUUACCGCGCAAAAGCAUAUACUUAAGCCAGGCCAGUCGCUACUUCUCGGCGGCCUCAUCCGUAUCACGCCCAAGACACCGGACCUCGUCUUCAUCGCGCACCCCUUCGUGCCUAUCGACCCUCACGUGACCAGCACGGAGAAGGCGGAGGGAAUGCAAACCCAGACGCGUGAGUCAGGCGUCCCUAGCAUUGCGAAAUCUGGGAUAGGGGAGAAGAUAAAAUCUGCGGGAGUGUUCAAGCUUAAGUGGGAUGUCACCAAGAAACAAACAGGCCCGUUGACAUCGAAGUCGGCUGGAAAAAUGAAGGCGGACCAGCUGCCUUUUACAGUCUACUCGGCGGAUAUUCUGAUCGAAGGGUCCGGAUGGGUGGAGCUGGUUGCUCAAGUCCGGAAAUCUAAGAUGGAUAGGAGCGCACUGCUGGGUGGCAGCCAAGAGGGAGAAGAUGGUGUCACAGAGGAACUAGACAUCGAAGUCCCGGAAGUCGAAGUGUUCAGUCCAGAAGGCAGAUUCGUGGACGUUCGCCGGCCGAUGAGCGCAUCGGUGCUGGGAGGACCGAGGGUCAAGGGGCGGAACGAGAGAAAGGUGAGACCGAGGCCGAGCAUGAAGAGCAUGAAAGCUCGGAGAAAGCCUCUAGGGGAUUGAAACCCACUUCCAUGGCUGUAACAUAUCGCGGAGUGGUACAUCUAGGCAUUUGUGGCGUCAAAAAAGGGUGCAUAUAAUUUACCCAACGUGAACCACACAAUUGGCUUGUACAAUAAGAUCGUUGUUAGCAUAAGGAGCUUGGGUGUUGCAGAUACAUAUUGCUAGAUAUCCGAUGUACAAUGACUUGUUCCACU